GGCUUGUGCUGAUGUGCAAUCGAUUCCAGAUAUUAUCGACAGUAAAUUUCAAACAACAGAUGUUGACAAACUACACCAAAAGUUGCAAGUUAUGAAAAUAAUGAUGGAGAAAAUUAUGAAAACUAGACAAAGACUAACAGAAGACUUAAAGAAGUCUAAGACGGAAGCAGUAAUGGCGAUAAAGACAUUUCGAAACGACAUGGAAACAAUUCUUGAACAAGUAGAAAAGGAAUCGAUUAAAGAAUUGGAGAUGAAGUUUAAAGAAGAAGAAUCGAAACUGCUGGAAGAGAAGAAGAAAGCACAAAUUGAAUUAGAUCGUUUGAAACAAUCAGUAAACGAUUUAAAGAAAUCGGAAGGAAACAAAGCUCAACAAUAUGUCUCCGUAAAAAUGUCCCUGCAAAGUAUCACAAAAACCGAAGACAUAUCUAGCUCAUUGCAAACAAAUAUUGAUGCAAAUAUAUCAUUUAGCUUUGAUCCUGCUAUACUGGACUUUCUACAGCAGUUGAAAACUUUUGGAUUGGUCCGACAUGUGUCUACCACUGAUUUAAGAUCGCCAAGGGCAAACGUCUAUUCUGUUAAAAGAAACGAGAAUUUAAACAUCAGAAGUCAGAAUGACAAAAACACAUGUCGUGUGUUUGGGUCCUGUCUAACAGAAGAUGGAUCGCUACUGUUAGCUGAUUUUAGCAAUAAUAAGAUUAAACGUGCAGAUAUUGUAAACAUAUCAGUGACAGAUUAUUGUUGUGUUUCUGCUGGACCUUAUGGCGUUUGUUGUACAUGUAAAAUCGAAGCUGCAGUCUGUCUGAACAAUAAAACAAUUCAGUUUGUCUCCCUUGGUAAGCAGAUGAUAACCACCCGCCAGAUAAAACUGAACCAUUAUUGCUUUGGCAUUGCUUAUAAGGGUGAUAAUCUAUACAUAACUGACAACGCCCGCUCAUUAUACAUACACGAUGUGACAGGCAACGUGCUACAGACGGUAACUCAAGACAACGGGCAAUACCUGUCCUCACACCCUCGAACUGUUGCUUUCAGUUAUGUUGAUGAUAAAGUGUUUGUUGCUAGCUGGAUUAAAGGUCUAGUUAUUAUUGAUGGACAUGGGAAGAACUGUCAGACCUUCACUGAUUCAGAGUUAAACGUAGCUUCUGGAGUUUGCACAGAUCGUAGAGGAAAUCUGUUUGUAUCCGGGUAUAAGUCAAAUAACGUGAUACAGAUUGGGAGAGAUGGGAAGAAAAUAGGCGUGGUCGUGAAAUCAUCAGAUGAACUUGUCAAACCAGAAUCAAUUUGUUUUGACACAAGACAAUGCAAAUUAUUGAUUACCCAACGCGACAACUAUACUGUCAAAGUCAUCUCUUUACAUUAA